GGAAAAAAAAUUUCUUCCAAAAUUGACAUUUGUCUCUGAAACCCUUUACGUUGCUUCUUUUUUCUGAUUUGCAGGUUUUUGGACUUGGUUGUCAACAAAGUCUAUCUGUAAUAUCUAUGAAUAUUAAUCUUAUUCUUCUCCUUGCAACUUCAACACUUCAUUGAUCCAUUCCAAUCUGAGAGAAAUGGCCGAUCAGUUAGCGAAGGCCGAAGAUUUCGAGAAGAAAGCUGAGAAGAAGCUCACCGGCUGGGGCUUGUUCGGUUCCAAAUACGAAGACGCUUCCGAUCUCUUUGAUAAAGCUGCUAAUUCCUUCAAGCUCGCUAAAUCAUGGGACAAAGCUGGAUCGACAUACCUUAAGUUGGCAAAUUGUCAUUUGAAGUUGGAAAGCAAGCAUGAAGCUGCGCAGGCUUAUGUUGACGCUGCUCAUUGCUACAAAAAGACUAAUAUAAACGAGGCUGUAUCUUGCUUAGACCAUGCUGUAAAUCUUUUCUGUGAUAUUGGAAGACUCUCUAUGGCUGCUAGAUAUUUGAAGGAAAUUGCUGAGUUGUAUGAGUCUGAACAGAAUAUUGAGCAGGCUGUUGUUUACUUUGAAAAAUCAGCUGAUUUUUUUCAAAAUGAAGAAGUUACAACUUCUGCAAACCAGUGCAAACAAAAAGUUGCCCAAUUUGCUGCUCAGCUGGAACAAUAUCAGAAGUCGAUUGAGAUUUAUGAAGAGAUAGCUCGCCAAUCUCUCAACAAUAAUUUGCUGAAGUAUGGAGUUAAAGGACAUCUUCUUAAUGCUGGCAUUUGCCAACUCUGUAAAGGGGAUGCUAUUGCUAUAAACAAUGCAUUAGAGAGAUAUCAGGAAUUAGAUCCAACAUUUUCAGGAACACGCGAAUAUAGAUUAUUGGUGGAUAUUGCUGCUGCAAUUGAUGAAGAAGAUGUUGUGAAGUUUACUGAUGUUGUCAAGGAAUUUGAUAGCAUGACCCCUCUGGAUUCUUGGAAGACAACACUUCUUUUGAGGGUGAAGGAAAAGCUGAAAGCCAAAGAACUUGAGGAGGAUGAUCUUACUUGAGUUGCACCUUAGUAUUCUUAUGGUUGGACUUAAUGUUUGAUGAUUUGUUUUGUACUAUGCUUGUCUAUCCUGUUGUUCCAUCUUACACACCUACUUAGAGAGUGUACGUGCUUUGGUUUCUAUUGAAUUGGUUUGACCGAAUUCUAUACAAGAGUUUUUAAUGAAGUUGCUGGAGUCUGAUCUUAUCCAAUC